CGAAAAGUAUCGAUAUAUAUGUUCAUGAAUUGCCGUCAGAUGGAGGUAUAGAGAGUUUUCAUUGGAACUAGUGCAGAAUUUUUUAUCCACAGUUCAAAGAACCGCAUAUUUGUGUCAAUAGUUUUUAAUUUGCAAUCAUACAGUGAUUAUUUAAAUUGUUUUUUAACGCAUAAACAAUGUUGAUCAAAGUGAAGACUCUUACCGGAAAGGAGAUUGAAAUAGAUAUAGAACCUACAGAUAAGGUAGAAAGGAUCAAGGAAAGAGUGGAAGAAAAGGAAGGAAUACCGCCGCAACAACAACGAUUGAUAUUUUCUGGAAAGCAAAUGAAUGACGAAAAAACGGCGCAGGAUUAUAAAGUUCAAGGUGGAUCAGUAUUGCAUUUGGUACUCGCAUUAAGGGGGGGCUUAUAAUUAUGACAUUCCUUGUUUUGGAAUGUAUGUGUGUGUGUGUGUGAAUAUUACAGAUUGUACAAGAUCAACUACAAAUAUAAUAGGAUGCUUUCCAAUGUUACAUUCGCUGCGCUGUGUUACAUUACAAGGACUUGUAAUCGUCUUUGUUUCUCUAUUUGAUUGAACAGUUACAUUUAGAGAAUGUGAAAUAAAUAUUUAAUAAAAUAAUUUAGUUAUA